UCCUUAAAUUCGGAUCGACCAGGUAGGCUCCAUUGCUUGGCCUUCAAUCGAAAUACGUGUCAUCAAUUUUUUGCUGUCUUUUUUCGCCUUUUAUUUUUUUAAAAAAAUUAGUACAAGUGAAGGAAAUUUUAACUGUACGAAUUUCACGCAGAAUGCUUAGCAGGAUUUCAGCAAAUCGCCAGGAAAAUAGUCACUUCUAUCUGAAGUAAAUUUUGUUAGAUAUAUCGAUAUAAAAGGGUCCUUGUCACUAUGGGCUUCUUCGAACAAUUGGCCAAUAUGGGAAUAAUCCCAUGCCAUUGGGGUCGGGCCCCUGAUGUUCAACCACAUACUCGAAGCAUCUUGGUAGCACUGAACUAUAAAUCCUUUGAAGAGUAUCUGAAAAACAUGAAAGAUCAACCUAUAAAUCUUCUGGGGAUGUUUUCUCUCGCCUUAUUAAUUUGGUUCAUUAUGACCAACAACGGAAAUCAAUGUGCCGAUGAUUCAACCAGGACUCCUGAAGAAGAAGAUGAACAAGAAAGAUCUUCUCAAGAAGAAAAAUCUUCCGCGGCUAUGAAACCUGAUGUAGAUAACCCACCUAAAACUGGAUUAACGGACGACGAGGAAAUAGAGGAGGGACAGUCAGAGGAUGAAGAAAAUAAAAUGUCUACGCCACCUCCAGAAGAGAAGAACAUGCAAGAAAUCGAAGAAGAGUUUGAAGAUUCUUCACAUAAAAGGCCCAAAAUUAAUGGUAAGACAAAACCACCAACCAAAGAUGACAGUUUCCAGAAAAUUCAAAAGAGGGUGACAGAUAUCCACGGAUUAAGGAGGGUGUCUAAUGAUGACAUUAAAUCGUCGAAACUAGCAUUGCAAAAAAGGGUGAACACAACAGUUGGAGACUGUGAACCUGGAGAGAAAACUCCCAGCAGAGUUGAUCCAGGAGCGCGCUUAAAGAAUUUUGAAACUGAGGUUUCGGCAAUCGCUGCAAGUCCCCCAAGUGCCCGGCGAGGGAUAUUCAAAAAUCGCUUCGUUACUCGGCGUGAUUUAAGGGACAAAUUCUAUGAAAAGGUUGAAGGUGAAAUGAACCCUGAGGAGAAGUAUAUUACAAUGACGUCUUUGGGACCACGGCAAAUUAUAAUCUCUGCCAAGAAGAACGGCAGGCCCCCUUAAUGUUGGUAAAAAUUAUGCUACAGUUUUGUAAACUAAUGUUGCUGUUUUCUGGCAAUGGUUUUGUCUUUGGCGCUAU